GCUUUGGACUCUCAAGCAUGAGGUCCUGAGUUCAAUCCCCGGCAGCACAUGUGCCAGAGUGACGUCUGGUUCUUUCUCUCUCCUCCUAUCUUUCUCAUUAGUAAAUAAGUAAAAUCUGUGGGGAGAAUACAGGUCCAUGAAGGAUGAUAAAUGACAUAGUGGGGGUUGUAUUGUUAAAUGGGAAACUGGGGAAUGUUAUGCAUGUACAAACUAUUGUAUUUACUGUUGAAUGUAAAACAUUAAUUCCCCAAUAAAGAAAUAAAUUUAAAAAAAGUAAAUAAAUAAAAUCUUUAAAAAAAAGAAAGAAAGAAAAAGACUUAGCUUUCCACCCCGGCAGCUGGAGCUGAGUGGCAGCCAUGGCCGUGCACUACCCGAUGGCUGUCGGCCUCCACAAGGGCCAUAAGGUGACCAAGAACGUGAGCCAGCCGAGGCACAGCCACCACCACGGUCCCCUCACCCAGCACACCAAGUUUGUGCGGGACAUGAUUCGUGAGGUGUGUGGCUCCACCCCAUACAAGCGCUGCGCCAUGGAACUGUUCAAGGUCUCUAAGGACAAGCGUGUGCUCGAGUUCAUCAUCAAGAAGCGGGUGGGGACCCACAUCUGCGCCAAGAGGAAGCGAGAGUAGCUGAGCCACAUGCUGGCUGCCAUGUGCAAGGCUGCGGCCAAGAAAGACUGAGCCCCACCAGCCCCCCGCCCCCCCAAUGCGCUGCCGGAGCCUCUGCCAUUAAAA